AUGGAUCGAUUCUCCGUCCGUCGAAUUGAUGGAAGCAUAGUCCAAAUAUCUAAUCCUAUGUUCCAAAUACAGAAUCCUAUCUGGAAACCUCAUGUCAAGUACCAAGAAUAUUGGCAACUUGUGAAAGCGCAACCCACCGGCCCGAUCGAAACCUACCAUUGCUCCUACAUGGUAGAUUGGAGCAAUCGGACUGCACGAGACUUUCGGGAGCUUAUAGCACAGCCUUCACAAGUCUUUGACGAGAAAGACUCUUUGUGGCAGAAUAGCAUAACUUGCAAGCUCUUGACAGCCUUGGUACAGGACUUACUCAGUACAAAUAUUGUGAAGAAAUUUCUUUGCUUUGGGCUCGGUGACUUCUGCCGCUCUGCCCCUGAAUGGCUAAGGAAGCAGCAUGACUCUUGGGAUGGGACUUCGGAAGUGAAAAACGUGACAGGCUGCAUGGUUCAACAUUCGAUGGCUCUUACUAUCGCUCAGGUUUAUUGCGGCAAUGGAACGAUACCACUAUACGCCCAGGACCCAGAGUAUACAAGCGCUGCAGAAGAGGUCCUGACCAAGAAGAACUUCAAAAUUGUUGGACAUCAUGGUGCAGGAGGAUUCGCGGAAAUCGAUGAAGAAUCGAUUGUGAUAUCAGCCUUUGCUGCCGCCCCGGUUAAGCAGAUCAUCGCCGAUCUUGCUCGACCUGCCCUCAUUAUUUCCACCGGCUUUGAUGUCUUCAACAGUAAUGAGUAA